AUGGAAAAGGAUACGAUCGGUGGCAGAAUAUAUUUGCUACUGAUCGUAGACGAAGCUAGUGGAUGCAUGAAGGGCUUUUGUUUACGAGUAAAGUCCGAGAGUGAAGACUACAUCCGGAAGUACAUCACUAUGGUACAGACGCAGUUCAGUAAGAAGGUCAAGUUUUUGCGUCACAACGGAGUCCGCGAUUUUGCAACCAACUCGCUUCAGCUGUUCUACGAAGACGAAGGCAUUGAACAGCAGACAACGGUGCCGUAUGCACAUCAAACAAACGGAACAGCAGAGCGUGCCAUUAGGACUAUUGUCACGAUCGGCCGCAGCAUGCUUCAUCAUGCCAAACUGGACAAGUGUUUCUGGGCCGAAGCAGCGAUGACGGCCAUCUACGUCAAGAAUCGACUGCCGUCACCUAAAGUCGUGCACAAGACCCCGUUUGAGAUCGUCUACAACUUGAAACCAAGCGUCAAGCACAUGCGAACAUUCGGAUGUCAGACGUACAUACUGACGCCUAAAGAGAAUCGACUCAAGUGGUAUCCAAAGGCUUGCACUGGCAUAUUUUUGGUAUACGCAGGGCAGGUGGUUAUCGGUCGCGAUGUCAACUUCGAUGAGUCCACCUUUGGACUUUCGCCGCCGAUCACUGAUGAAGAUGCCGAUUACCUGGACUUCGAAUGGCUUGACCUCAAUGAUGAGGGGCCUCGUUAG